AUGUCUGUGACGCUCCAUACCACCCAUGGCGAUCUCAAAGUAGAAGUGUUCCAUGAAGCAACACCAAAGACUGCAGAGAACUUCCUCGCUCUGUGCGCCUCAGGCGCCUACAACAACACCCCCUUCCACCGCUUGAUCCCCUCCUUCAUGAUCCAAGGCGGCGAUAUCUCGCUCUCUAAGAGCAGAAACCCUUCCGCCCUUCCCUUCGACAUCCCCAAAGGCGGCACAUCCAUCUACCACCCGACCCCGCUCGCCCAUGAAAUCCGCCUCCCGACCAUCCGCCACAACACCCGCGGCAUCCUCAGCAUGGCGAGCAAGUCGGUGAAAUCGCAAUCCGCGUCUGGCGCCACGGAGACCACGGAGGUUAAUGGGAGCCAGUUUUUCAUCACGUUUGCGCCUGCGCCGCAUUUGGAUGGGAAGAGUACGGUUUUCGGCAAGGUGUUGGCCGCGGGUGAGGGGGAACCGGGCGGUGCGGUGCUGGAGAGGCUGGAGAAGGCGAAGGUGAAGAUUGAUAAGAAAGGGAGGGUUGUGCAGCCGUCGUCGAUGGGAGAGGAGGAGGUGAAGGAGCAGGCGUGGGAAGCUGUGGGGAUUGAGAGGGUGACUAUUCACGCGAAUCCGUUUGCGGUGUGAUGAUGAAUUGAAUCUGGUUUAUUUUUGCAACCCUUCUUUGAGGGCGGUGGAUUUGAUACACUAUGCCUGGAUCGGAAGUACCACUUCAACUUAAACGUUGCAUUCACACGGCGAUACAUAACCCACGAUCGAGACUAUCAGCCCUGUUCCCAUUCUCAGGAAAAUCCCCUCCCUAUGAAUGAGUACACUAGGGAUGAAUUUGCCUGAUCGAGAGCAGCUGUUUAAUUCCUUGUAUUAAUAUACCGAAUUUAUGACGGCUUGAUCUCCUCGGAUGAGGAAGGG